AUGGAUUUAUUGGAACGAUUUAAUGUAAUUAUUGUCGUGAAAAUUUCGGGAGUGGAGAAAACAGAACUGGAACAAUUACGAAGAGAAUUGUUGAUCUCAAAGCAUGUUUCUUCUUCCGAAUGGUUUGUAGGAAAACAUUCUCUCACUCAUGAAAGGUUGAAACGUCACCUUUCAAAUCAAAAGAAAAAAUUUCAUAUUACGAGAAAUGAUUCUAGUCAUUCCUCAACAAGUUCCUCACAAAUUCAAAAUGAUUAUGAGUCACUAUUGAUUUCAGCCCUCACAAAAUUGAAGGAAUUACUUGUUGGACAAAUCGCCUUAUUGUUUACCAAUAGUUGUGAAGAUUAUUCAAAAUUGAAGAAGGAAAUGACACGACAUGUGAGCAUCAAACCAGCUCGAGUAGGAUCUAUUGUGAAAGAGGAUGUCUAUUUUCAAGGACCUACUCGUUUGGAUCCCAUGUGGAUGUCCAUGUUUCUUCAAAAUAAUAUUCAUCCAAAAAUUCGUAUGGGACAAAUAGAAUUUCCGAAAAAACGCCAAAUUCUAAAAGCCAAUGAAGAUUCUCAUAAGCCAAUUGAAUAA